ACUGGAAGUUUGGGUUUAUAGGUUGAGCUGAGUUUACCCUUUCAGUUUUCAGUUCAGACCAUAGACUGAUUCAAACCCUUGUGUUCGGGUCUGAGACCCUCUUUCCGGACGGUGUGAGAGGUGUGAGUCUCUCUGUGGAGGUUUGACUGGGUUUACAGGGACAGCUCUUCGCCCUGUGUGUGCAGAAAUCCUCUUUUCUGCGGUUUCUUUCUUCAGAGAACUGAAUCACAUGAUCAGUCUUUUGUCAUAAGACACUGAUGAAGCAGCGGCCGGGAGUGAGUGAAACCCCCGAGCGGCUCUCCGCUGGUGUUUUUAUUGUCUUUUGACCGGUUCUAGGGCUCAGCCAUGAGCUUCGCUUCUUCGGUGAAACAGAUGUUGUGACUCUUUGAGGGAUCGCUGAAACAUGGCACACUGUGGAGUCCGGGCUGCUGUGCUCUGCGCCUGGCUGAUCGGAGUGGUGAGGAGCCAGACCACGCUCACCCCUGCAGUGACUGCCAGCACAGUCAGUGAGAAUGUGACCACCACCACUCCCGCCAUGAUCAGCACCACUGCUAUUGGUUGCUCUGCACUCAACACCUCCACCUGUGAAGCUUGUGCUCCAGGCACUUACUACGACAACGACACCUUGCUGUGUUUGUGUUGUCCGGAGGUGGGACUCUGCAUGUUCCCUGGAGCCUGUCUACCCUGCUUUCAGGGCUUUUAUCAGCCGUUAGCAGGCCAGCAGACAUGCCUGCCCUGUUUGCCAGGCUUCUACACCAACUUCACUGGCAGCCCUGUGUGCCAGGCAUGUCCUCCUGGUUCAUUCACCAACAACACUGGCUCCCUUUCCUGUAGAACCUGUUCACCAGGUUUUUAUACAUCAGAACGGAAUGCCACUUUGUGUAACCCAUGUCCAGAAGGCACGUACUGCAACUCCUCCAGUUGUGUCCAAUGCCAAAUAUGUCCUGCAGGCUCUGAGGCUCUACAGGACGGAGCUAAAGAUUGCACCCCUUGUCGACCAGGUAUGCACAAGCCCUCACGCCAAAAAAUGUGUCAGAUCUGUAGCAGUGGCUUCUAUCAGAUCAGCUGGGGCCAGGAGAACUGUGACAUCUGCCCUGAAAACCACUACUGUCCUAGUCCUGAUGUGAAUCCAAUCCAGUGUCCCAGUGAUGCUUUCUGCCCGGAAGGCAGCACUGCACCAGGUUACUGCAUGGAGACGUUCUUCAGAAAAGCUGGGGACACGUGUGAACUUGCACCUGUCACUAUAGCUCUGCUUGUUAUUGGAGGAGGAGUGGCACUUCUUUUUAUCAUCCUCCUGGUCUUAAGGAGAAGGAAGGAUACAGACAGUGAACUGUCGCUGUCACGUGCCCCCCUCUUGCGGAAGGAGCGACCACCUGGCCGCUUGUAUGGAGUCCCCUGUGAUGCAGAGCCAGUGUACGCAGGGUGGUGAUAAAUGCAUUGUUUACAAAAACUAAAUCUAUCAAGCCACUGUGAGCUCCAGAGGGGGACAGGAUGAUCUCCUCUGAAAAUGGACAGUUAAAAGACAUUAAGCUGCAGUGGCUGUUCUUAAAUUUUGAAAGAUGUACUAGCUGUACAGGUUUUGUCUCUAAAUGUUUCAAACCCUUUAUUUCAUUAAGAUGUUAUCUGCAGUCUGGCUCAAAAACCUUAAUUAAAUGAAAAUCGUCUCAGUGAGGCAUUUUCAUCCUCUUUUUUUGGUAGCUCCUUCAGACCACGUCCAAUAAAAAUGAGAGAAUUUUUAUCUGACACCUUAAGUAAAAAUGCAAAUAAUUGGGAGACUGUAAUUUUGUGUUGUUUUUUUUUUUAAUAUUGUUUACGCAAUGCACUGGACUUUGUUACACUGUGGUUAAGAUUUUUAGUAUGUGCUGGACUUUGCCUUUGUUGCCCUCUAGAUUGUAUUUAUUUACUGGUGCCUCUGCUUAUGGUACUUAAAAAUUGUGUUUUAUGUUUAAGUUUGUGUUACUCUUUGUAUUUAAUUUUUCAAAAGAAGCACACUUGAUGAUAGUUCCAGGGCAGGUGCUGGAAUAAAAGGCUUUGCACAACUUUUUUUUUUAUCAAUGUCUGGGGUUCCCAACUAAUUUUGAAAAAAAAAAAUAAUAUAGACCUGGCUCCACAAUAAGAACAUGCUACUAAGUUUAAAUAUAUUGCAAGUAUAUAUUGUAUUACAGAAAAGUAAUUUAAUCAUUUCUGCCUGCACACCAAGUGGCAGCUGCUACAGUAUUAAAAACAGUUGCACAUCUUAACCUUUCAGUAUGCUCUCAGGCAGCCAGCACAGUAAGCUGCCACAUCCUAAAAAAAUGGCAUGCCUAUCAGCACAUUCUUCAGCAAAUGGCACACCAACUGUCAAUCACUACGCAGCAACCGAGGCACCUUAAAGUCGCUGGCACACUUACUGCCACUGGCACACCAAAUCUUACAACAAUCGUCACAGGAGCCAGCUCAUCAGCACACUUAAAUUCAUUUUUAUAUCGCUAAUACUUUGAAACAACAUUGAUCUCUGACCUCAGAAUUGAUUUAUUUGUUCACAUUGAUUUUAUGUUGAUUCAACAUUGUGGUUUUAUAUGUAUGGCUUAUAUUAAACUUUACUGACAUUAAAUAUGUAUUGUAUUCUAA